UCCGGCGGCAGCUGCGGGCGCCGGCGCGGCGGCGGGAGUUGCACCGAACAGCGGCGCGGGCGCGGCGGCGGCCGGCGCUCCAAAGGAGAACCCUCCUGCCGCCGCGGGCGCCGGAGCCGCAGCGGGUGUGGCCGCCGCGGGCGCCCCAAACAGGCCGCCCGCAGCAGCGGGAGCGGGCGCCGCGGCGGCGCCGAAGGCCGCGGGCGUCGCGGACGCCGGCGCGCCGAAGGAGAAGCCGCCCGCGGCGGCCGGUGCGGGCGCCGCCGCGGCUGGCGUGGCCGCAGAAGGUGCGCCAAAUAACCCCCCAGCGGGGGCCGCCGCGGGCGGGGCGGCCGGAGCGCCGAAUGAAAAACCACCGCCAGCCGCCGCGGCGGGUGCGGGCGCGGCGGCGGCCGGAGCGCCAAAUGCUGGCGCCGUCGUGCCACCAGCUGGCGCUCCAAAGCUAAAUCCGCCCGCGGGCGCAGGCGUCGCCGCUGGCGCGCCAAAGGCUGGAGCGGCACCUCCCGCAGGGGCGCCAAAGGAGAAGGUCGCCGCCGCCGGCGCAGGGGCCCCGGCGGGUGCGGGCGCGCCGAAUGAAAAAGCCAUGCAAGAAGAGUAGUACGAGCACCACAACGACGCGCGGCCGCGAG